AUUAGAUGAAUUUUUUUAAGCAAAUGGUGUUUAUGCAGGUUUUAACUUUGAUAAUCUGAUAAAAUUUGCGAUUUGUUUAAUAAUUGGCUUUGUUUUGAUGCCUUUUAUGGUGUAUUUGAUGUGGGCAAUCACUGUAACUGUUUGUUAUUGCUGCUUUCACUUUUCCCAUUUUCUACUGUGGUGUAUAGAACCCCAUGAUUUUCAAUUGCAGAAGUUUUUAGUAUAAUUAUUGUUCUUAUAUUGUUUUUUCAUUACCAACUUGAUGUAAAGUUGGAGCUAGGGUUUGAAGGUUAUGGGUUCAGGAUUCUAGUUUUUUUUUUUUAUGACCGUGGUGUCUGGGUCAGCUUUCACGCAGCUUGACUAAUUCCACGGAUAGGUGCCAGUAUCAGGUACUAGGUAACUUUGCUCACCAAGAUUAGGACAGAUAAGAAGAAUUACCUAGUGUUUUUUGUCUCCGCGGGAGGGUUUGGGAUUCUAGUUCUUUUAAGUUAGUGAGUUCUAUAUUAAUAAUUUGUACAUAUUCAAUAGAUUUCUUAAGAAAGUUUGGACUAAAGCUAUUGGGUUCGGGUUGACGUGUAAGUUAUACCCUAGAUCUUUCCCUGAUUGCUGAAAUAGGUGAUUGGGAUUAGUGCUGAUUCCUAACAUAUUAUGGCAGUACUAAAAAACUCUCAAGCUGAAAUCUUUAAGCUGAUUUUUUAUAUAUAAAUACAUUGGUUGUAUAAGUGUGUGAUUCUGAUGGGGCAUCAUGAGACGAAUUCUUCCAGUAGUAGGGACAGGUCUCCCUCUAAACAGAGGCACAGGCAUCGGUCUAAGGAGAGGGUUUUGGAUAGAGAAUUGUCAUCUGAAAAAAGAGAACGAAGGUCAGGAAGAGAUGUAAUUGAGCAUAGGUCUCCUAGGCAAAGACAUGAUUACUCCUAUUCGGCUUCAGAUCAUCAAAGAAUGGCUCAUCACAGACCCAGUUCAAAUUUUAGUGUUGACACAGAAAGACAAAAUGAGGUGUUCGACCCAACUGAUUCUGAAAACCGGAAGGACAGCGAUGUUAGCAUGGCUAAAACGAAGGCAGAUGAAAAGGACCUGGAAGCUAAAGAGGAGCAAAUGGCAUUGUUAGAGAUGUCCGGAGAUCUUACUACAGAAUCUAAACAACUCACAGCAGAGGGAAGAAAGGAGGAAACCAACAUUUCACUGGAAUAUAGUAGCGACAUGAAGAAGGCAAGACUCCAUUCAACACUGGUUGCUCUCCUCAACGAUCCUGUGCUUGCUGAUAUACCAAAAAACCCAACUCUGACGGAUGUGGACACCCUUAUCAGCUUGGAACUUGGGAGUGCCAUGCGUAUCUCUGUCCUCAAAUUGGAUGGCAGCUCCUUUGAUGUGACAGUGAUGAAUUCCGCAACAGUUAAAGACUUGAAACAAGCUGUUCGGAAAAGGAUUGAUGACACCGAGCAAUCUAAGAUGGGGCAUCGGCACAUCUCUUGGAGGCAUGUCUGGUCAAAUUUUUGCCUUUUAUUCCACAAUGAGAAGUUACUAGAUGAUACUGCUAAACUUCAGGACUACGGCAUUAGGAACAAUGCUCAGGUGCAAUUCAUUCCCUAUGUUAUCUCGAGGGCCUUUAAGAGGCAUUCAAAGAGGAGAAAACAUAGAUUCUUUCAUGGACUAAGCAAAAAGGGUCGUACAACAGACUGAAUCAGGGAUUAUAUUGCUGCAUACAUAAACUACAGAACCAUGGUUGUAAUAGCAAAUGUGUUGCAAAGUUGAGGAUGAGAAAACCAAGCCUAGGCGCCUUUUGCUUUCCCUAUCACAUUAUGUUAAAUACUCAACUACCUAGCUUCGAGUUGAGCUUAAUGUAGUGAAAUGGCUAACAUACAUUCAUAUAGCCAAUCUCUACUCGUUGGUGUUGAGGUGUAUUUGUUGCCAUUGUUCAACUGUCUAGUUUUUUACUUAUAGCUAGGAGAACUACCCAAGAAAGGGUUUGGGAGUUGAUGUAACACUUUAACAGAAAGUUACUUUUUUCCAAACUUGGCCUUAACUAUUGUAAACAUCUA